CCGUACAGGGACCACAUGAGGACACUCUCGGGACCUGGCAGCAGCAUGAGGAGGCGGUACGGGGGCCCAUGGCAGAGUACGGGCCUGGCAGCAGCAAUGGGAGGGCCCGUAAUCUGUCCAGCACCCUAAAGACAAAAUGGAACCCACACCGCAGUGUAGAGGAGACCUAAAAGUGGCACAUGGCAGAGUGUGGCGAUGGAGACAGCAGCACAUGGGAGGCCGUACGGGACCCAUGGAGACACUCUGGACCUGGGCAGCAGCUUAUGAGUAGGCGGUACAGGGGCCCCAUGACAGAUUUACGGGCCUGGCAGCAGCAAUGGGAGGCCCGUAAUCUGCCAGCCACCCUAUGGACAAACUGGAACCCACCAGCCAGUGUGAGGAGACCUGAAAGUGGUACA